AUGUCAAACCAUAAAAUGUCUACCGGAGAAUACUCCGAUUACUAUCGAUCCAGGUGCUACAACCCGAAGGUACAUGUGUCUGGCUGGCACAACAUUCAACACGACGAUACGUACAUACAAAGCUACAACCGAAUGAGGGACUUCUACAUGGAAGCGUACCCAACGGAAAGCAUAAGUCAGAAGUACCAGAGUGCCAGGGUUGGUGGGGCACGAAAGAAUUUGUCCGACAAGCGGGUGAUUUUUUACGAAGAGGGUGGGGCGAGUGAUUGGGUUACCGAAAGCAGGCACGCCUUUAAGGAGGAGAAGCGUCGCAGUGGUGACGUUUGCCAAGACGUGACAACAGGGUGA